ACGUUUCGCUCGUCGGCGACGCACCGGCUACAUUUUGUCUCGGAAACCAUCGGGAACGGUUGUGUCCUAUUAAUUCAUAGACACACGGCGACUUCUUCGUGUAAACGUAAAUACUAUGUUGAAUAUAUUAAUUAUAGCUCUGGUCGCGGCUUCGAAUAUAGUGUAUUGUAUGAAUGUGGACACAACACGAGUGGACAAAACGUACACGGUUCAGUUGCAAAGUGACAAAAAUAAGUGCAUAUAUUGUAAAAUCGCAAAAAUAGUGACAUUGAAACCGUUCAAGUGUCAUAACGACUUCCUGUGGCGUUGUUUGGAUGAUUUAAAACAGUGGAAGAGGCGGAGAAGAAGUUCUGACAACUUUCAAAAUGAAUUUAAAAACGAUCACAAGAAAUUGAAGUUCGCGGAUUUUGGAAUGAACGAUUUGACUUCUUAUCAUAGUAGUGUAGAUAUUGUAAAGACAACGGCAUCGAGUGUGUCCGAUAAUAAAGCGGAUUUGUUAAAAAAGUUUGUGAAGAGAUGGCCCGUGCAGAGAUGGCACGCGUUCGGUUUGUUUACCGACGACUACCUGCAGCAGAUCAACAGUCACUGGCUGCAGUUCCCUCCCCCUGAUACACGUAUACAGUACACAUUUGGCAUCACAUAUAUAUUUUUGGCGGGCACCGGAGCUUUCGGCAAUAUUCUUGUACUUCUUAUGUAUGUAAGAUGCCGCACGCUGCGUACUCCGGGGAACAUCCUCGUGGCCAACCUGGCGCUCAGCGACUUUCUGAUGCUCGCAAAAACGCCAGUCUUUAUUUUUAAUUCGUUUAAUCUCGGACCUGCACUUGGAAAAACUGGAUGCGUGAUUUACGGCUUCGUGGGCGGUUUGACUGGCACCACGUCCAUUGCCACGCUGUCGGCAAUUGCACUGGAUCGCUACUGGGCAGUCGUCCGACCUUUGGAACCACUACGUGCUCUGACAGCAAUACGAGCUCGUUUACUAGCAAUAGGUGCUUGGUUAUAUGCAUGCGUCUUUGCAAUAAUCCCAGCUCUAGACAUCGGCUAUGGACGCUACGUUCCAGAAGGCUACUUGACGAGUUGUAGUUUUGACUAUCUCACUGAAGACUUUUCGCCUCGAUGCUUCAUCUUCGUGUUCUUCUGUGCUGCGUGGCUUGCGCCAUUCUGCACCAUCACGUUUUGCUACAUCAGUAUAUUUCGAGUCGUUGUUUUCAAUACAAGUAUGUCUUAUGGCAACCAAGAUCAACGGUUAUCCACGAGACAUGUGAAAGAGCGCACCAAACGAAAAGCUGAAAUAAAAUUAGCCUUUCUAGUUAUGGCAGUUAUAGCUCUAUUUUUCAUAUCGUGGACACCAUAUGCCAUUGUCGCUCUAUUGGGCAUUUCCGGUAAAAAGGACGUUUUGACUCCAAUAACUUCAAUGAUUCCCGCAUUGUUCUGCAAAACUGCCGCAUGCAUUAAUCCAUUUAUUUAUAUUAUAACUCACCCAAAAUUCCGUAAAGAAUUCAAGAAAUUGCUAUUCAGGGAUAAAUCAAAGCGAAUGGGUGGAACGAUGAAAACGAUAGGGUAUUCCACUGAUACCACCAGAGUACACCGACCAAGUAAAGAUUUGAGUGACACAGAUGUGGAAAUAGUUGAAAUGAAAGAUAUCCCAUACCGGGUCGACGAGAAGCGUGAAUUAAAAGUUAAGACAAUAUCAUCGAAAGUGGCUGAGAGACAGGACUCCCAAACCAGUAUGAGUAUAAAAAGUUUAGAAGAUAGCGUCGUAAGUCCACCUUCCUGGUACACUAAGCCACAAUUCUCGAAAAAGAAAAGUUUCCAUCGACGUUCUACACGCACCAAUUUAUCGCAAACUAGUGACCAGGAAGACUAGUAACCGUUUCAAUGAGUUUAUUUCAUUAAAAAUUUAUGUAUGUAUAUUUCAUGCAAAAUUAAACUCAUGGGAAGGUAGGAUGGCUGUUGGAAUGGAAGAACAGGGUGUUCACUCUAAACGCAUACAAAGCCCUUUCUGAAUAAAAAUACACUGCAUUUGUUUCGGACCACUUUGAUUUAGGCUAGAAAAUUCGUAUUUGAUUACUACUUCACCUGAUAUCUGAAAAUUAGACAUGUUGUGUGGGGGUGCACGCUUGGAGUAGACAAUGAGACGAGAAUUAGUUGACAAGAACAAGAGAAGUAGACAGAGACACUAUUAUAAUUUAGUAGCACUUCUAUUUCCAUGCUAUUGUUAACCACGAGCUUUUUAGCAGACAUUAGCAGUUCAUAAUCAUACACAUUGGAUAUGCUACCCAUUCACCUUUUUAGAUAGGAGAAAAAUUUGUCUACCCUAUGUAAGAUAUCUAUUUAAUGUUGGUACUUUCAAAAGAUAUUAUGUUACAAAAUCGGUCAACAGAUAACAAUUUUAUCAACCGACUUUAAAUACAAAUACAAAAGAGGGGGACGUUUCAAUUCACCAGAUUCUAUUAUUUCUCUUAAUUUUCAGGAAAUAUUGCAAUUUCAGUAUUACAAAGAAUUAAUAUUUGUCGCUAUAAAUAAAUUCAUAAAGUAGAUUAAUUUAUCCAUAACGUCUCUUUUAUUAUUUAAUAGUGUCAGGUGCUGAGAUUAGUCGUUUUCCAUAAUUAUCUAUUUUACCUUCGACUUGUAUUGUAAGUAAAGAUAUAAUGUAUUUAAAUGUAAUUUCAACUCCAUUCUCUAGUAGGCAAUUACAGGUGUAUAUUAUUUUGUUAGUUGUUAAGAAUAUUGUUAAUGUUAUUAUGUAGAUACUAUCAGAUCUACCGAAUCCUACUUGGUGUACCUUCCUGUAGACACUAGUAUAGAGAUUUGAAAUUAUAUUUUAAUUAUCUACGAUGAAUGUUAUGAAAUAAAAGAUUACGACCUG